AUGCUCGAGGCACACGAAGCGGCUACACUAGCGAGUACCGGCGUUUUCCUGGACAGGUCCGUCUACUUCGCACUUUCCAUCUGUUUCGCAGCCAUCAUUUUCAACUAUCGAGACAAGCCUCUCCUGUAUGAAGACAAGCUUGGUCAAGCCUCGACACUGCUUACAAUCAACGCGCCUGGCGAUUCUGCUUCUAUUGUACACUUGCGUUGA